UGAGGAGAUUCCCGGCCCCCGGUUUCUUUUGGGAGACCCUUCCGGGUCCAGAGCCGUCUGGGUCCUGACUCAGCAGACCUAGGGCCUCCUGCCCGAUGGACGACCCUCUCGGAAAGCCCCUCAGCUAUGAAGAGAAGGAAAAGUUGAAGGAAAAAUUAGCAUUCUUGAAAAGGGAAUACAGCAAGACACUAGCCCGCCUUCAGCGUGCCCAAAGAGCUGAAAAGGUUAAGAAUACUAUUAAGAAAACAGUAGAACAAGAUUGCUUGCCCCAGCAGGAAAUCUCACCACAGAUAAACCACUCAGAACCUAAAAGCAAAGUAUCUCUUUAUGGCAAGUUACAAUUCAACACCCAUCUUGAUGAGGAAACCAGAAAAAAGACAUCUGUUACACAUGAUGUUGACCCUGGGUCUUCUAACGCUGGAGAUGGCCCAGAAGGAUUACUUAUACAAAGAACAGAUGAUACCCAAGAACAUUUUUCACAAAGGGUCAGUGGCCCUGAUAAUAAGCAAAGUCAAAGUAAAAUGCCAGGGAGGAGAAAAAAGCAGAAGAAAACAUUUAUUUCACAGGAGAGAGAAUGUGUCUUUGACACUGAUUCACUCAUACUCUCUGAAAAAAGACUAAAGAGAGAAAUCAGUAGCGAAAAUCCUAACCCCCCAGUAACUAAACUAAGCACUCAUCUCUCAAGUCCUCCCAAGUCUGAACUUCCAAAUUGUCCAGCACAAGUGAGAGAAAGUGAUGGAAAGGGUGAAUUAAUUCCACCCACUGCCCCACCAGAAAGAAGUGUUGAUACACUUGUAAAGGGAACGAAUUUCCCCAGGGAGACUACAGUUUCUCUGCAUACUUCAUCAUAUAGCAGUAAUAGUCAGUACCUGGAACAUACGCCUCCUAAAAGUAGUAACUGCGAACUUAUUACUGGGGGCUUAAAAAACAUUAACCUUGCUUCAUCUGUAAACCUGAAGGCACAAGGCAAAAAAAUGACUGUAUUUACAGAUAACCUAGUAGUAAAUAAAGCUAUAAGUGCAAGUGGCCAGGUAUCUAGAAGUCUUAAUUCAGAGGCAGAUAAUUCAUGUUCUAUAAAUGAAGUCACUCACAAUAACUUACCAGGAAACAAAGACCAAAACUUAAAAGAAAAUAAUCACAUAGAGAAAUCUUUACAUUCUCCCGGUGAUGCUCUUAAGGAUAGAAAUGAAUCUUACCAAGAAAAUGAGGCUCUGAGUCAGUCUAAGAGUCUUGUCCUAGAAGCAAUCUCUCCUGCUUCUACAGAAAAUCAAAUGCAUUCUUGCACAAUGCUUGAUGGCCUUCUGUUUCCUGCAGAAUAUUAUAUUAGAACAACGCGACAUAUGUCAAAUUGCCAGAGAAAACUAGCCCUGGAGGCUGUAAUUCAAAGUCAUUUGGGCAUCAGGAAAAAAGGAUCUAAAAGUAAGAAAGCAAGUAAAAACUUAAACCUUUCUGAUGAGAAAACUGACCAAAGUAAAAUUAGGAUGUCUGACACAUGCACAGAACAGCCAAGUUCAAGGAAUCAGAAACUUCUCUCAGAAACUGAAGUCAGCUCUCCCACUGGAUCCACUGAAGAUAAUGACACUUCUGGGAACGCAGUUACCCAGCCAUUUGGUAGAAGACAAAGAGGAAAAACAAUCUGUAUCCCAGCAUCAGAUCAUCAUGAACUACCUUUGCCAGCUUCCAGCAUGUUGGGUAUUAACAGUUCUCAGAAUGAAUUCAUCUUGCACAAAUAUCAGAAUAAAACAGGGAUUAUUUACGGGAAAGAAGGUUAUCAUCAAAAAAAGAACUUGUCUUCCAGUGAUAAUGCUUAUUUAGCUUUGGAUGAUGAUGCUUUCAAUACUCCUUUUCAUAAAAACAAAAUUCUGAGUUUAAAGCAACUGUCAUCUUUCCUCAGUAUCAUAGACUUUCAGUUACCUGAUGAAGACUUUGGGCCUCUUAAGCUUGAAAAACUGAAGUCUUGCUCAAAAAACCCAAUUAAACCGUCGGAAUCAAAUAUUUAUAAAGAGAGGCAUCUUAAGGGGGAAAAUUGUAUUAUUGUUCCAGAGGAACAGAUUCCUAAACAAGUAGAUACAGAAACGGAGGACGUGGAAGAGGAACUUAUUAUUUUGCCAGGAAAAUCAGAUUCUAAACUGUCAGACCUAAAAAACAAGCCUACAAAGAAGGACCUUUCUUCAUCUAUGUUACUUUUCACUCCCUUGAACACUGUUGCACCUGAUGAGAAUGACAGACUUACCGCAAAUGUAUGUUCACCUGCUUUCCCCAUCUUAGGUAUCACUCCAGAAUUUGGCUCCCAAGCAUGUUAUGAAAAAGUAUCUACAGUGGGUAUUGGACAAACUUGCUCUACACCCCAACUUUCUCACUUGAAAGACACAGUAAGUCUUGCUAAUAAUAGUAAACAAUUCAGUAGUUCAGCUAGCCCACCAAAACUGAAUACCAGCCUGCAUGCGUCGGGUAGGCAAGGACAACCUGCCUGUGACUCCAACUCUGGCCCGCAAGCAACACCUCUCUCUGUUGAGUCAUUCGCUUUCAAAGACAAUCAGCUCUGUGGAAAUACAUCCCAGGAGUUACAUAAACAUUCCAUAGAACAGACUGAAAUAGCAGAUGUUCCUGCUUGUGAUAGCUUAAACCCAGGCAGCCUACAGUUGGUUUCAAAGUUAAAGAAUCCUUCAGGUUCCUGUUCGGUGGAUGUGAGUGCCAUGUGGUGGGAAAUAGCUGGUUUUAAAGAGCCAUGUAUCAUAACUGCUUGUGAAUAUGUAGUUUCUCUUUGGAAACCUCUGGAUGCUUGGGAGUGGAAAAACAUUUAUACCUGGCAUUUCACAGAGGUUCCAGUAUUACAAAUAGUUCCAGUGCCUGAUGUUUGUAAUCUUGUUUGUGUAGCUUUGGGAAAUUUGGAAAUCAGAGAAAUCAGGGCAUUAUUUUGUUUCUCUGAUGAUGAAAGUGAAAAGCAAAUACUCUUGAAAUCUGGAAAUAUUAAAGCUGUGCUUGGCCUGACAAAGAGGAGGCUAGUUAGUAGCAGUGGGACCCUUUGUGAUCAGCAGGUGGAAAUCAUGACAUUCGCAGAAGACGGAGGAAGCAAAGAAAAACAGUUUUUGAUGCCCCCUGAGGAGACUGUACUAACUUUUGCUGAAGUCCAAGGGAUGCAGGAAGCUCUGCUUGGUACCACUAUCAUGAACAACAUCAUUAUUUGGAAUUUAAAAACUGGUCAACUUCUGAAAAAGAUGCACAUUGAUGAUUCUUACCAAGUUUCAGUAUGUCACAAAGCCUAUUCAGAAAUGGGGCUCCUGUUUGUUAUUCUGAGUCAUCCUUGUGCCAAAGAGAGUGAGUCAUUGGGAAGUCCUGUGUUUCAGCUGAUUGUGAUUAACCCAAAGACAACCCUGAAUAUGAGUGUGAUGGUGUACUGUCUUCCUCAAGGGCAGGCUGGAAGGUUCCUGGAAGGUGAUGUGAAAGAUCAUUGUGCAGCAGCAGUCUUGACUUCUGGAACAAUUGCUGUUUGGGACUUACUUCUUGGUCAUUGCACUGCCCUCCUUCCACCAAUUCCUGACGAAAAUUGGUCUUUUGUGAAAUUGUCAGUUACAGAUUCUCAUUUGCUGGCUGGACAAAAAGAUGGGAAUAUAUUUAUAUACCACUACUCAUAAAUUAGGGCAAGAUAGAAACACAAUUCUCUGGAUAUAUUUGCCUUAUUAUCUUUUUGGAGUUGUAAGCAUAAAGGAGAAUAUCAGAGUGAUCUUUAUAAUGAUUACUGUAUACAUCCAGAUGGACUUAUUUUUUUAUUCUGAUGGUGGUGGCACUACUGAUCUUGAAUGUUCAUUUAUACUUACUUGGCAAAAAGGAUUUUAAGUUGAUUUCUAUACAUCCCACAUUUCCACAUUUGCUUUUUAAGGUGUACAUAAAGCUUCAAAUGUCAAUAAAUAUUUAUUUUGAUACAUUCUGCUUGGCAUAUUCUUUUUUUACCAUUAAGAUCACUUUCAGAAAUAAGAAUUAAUCAUUAUCCCACUAGGAUAUUUAAUCGAUAAUGUUUACAUAGAAAGAGUAAAUUUUAACUAACUUAGUAUACUAAUGUGCGGUAUACUUUUUAUCUCUAACUAGAAUCUCACAACCUAGUUUUUUCUUUUUUUGUCUUUUACCUUUAGCUAGACAAUAUUCUUUUUUUUUUUUAUUCUUAAAUCAUAGCUGUGUACACUAAUGUGAUCAUGGGACACCAUACACUGGUUUUAUAUACCAUUUGAUAUUUUCAUCACACUGGUUAACAUAGCCUUCCUGGCAUUUUCUUAAUUACUGUGUUAAGACAUUUAUAUUCUACAUUUACUAAGUUUCCC